GUCAUUGUGACGCAAUAACUGCACAGCUGUGUCAUGUUUUCGUUAAUAAUUUCGCAGAUUGUCGUUGCCUAAAACAAGAAAAACAGAUACAAGUUGCGAAUUUCUUUAAUAAACUUAUAAUUUCAAGGACAUGUGAAUAUAUUAAGAUGGCUUCACCAAAAACCGAAUCUCUUAAAGAUACUGUGACAGUGUUGAUUAACGCUGUAGGCGAUAACGAGAACUCCGUGAACAAUGUUGUAAUAAAGUCGUUGACGAAAAUAGCGAAUUCUUAUCCUAACGAGGUGAUAGAAAUAUUUUGUGAAUUCUAUACAAACACCGUCAAAGUGAACCCUACGCAGCUUGGAAACAUUGUCAAGGUUCUAGAGCAAACAUGUGUGAACCAAGUGAAGAGGUUGGAGCCGGCUACUGCCAACAAUCUGGUGACGGCGAUGUUGCGCGCCAUGAUGGAGAAUGUGAACUACGAGCCAGUCGUCCAGAUGGGCGCGUCCGCUGUUUUAGUCGCAGUGGGACAUGAGCACUUGGAUCUGGUCCUUCGUUCUUUAAUCAACCAGUUGUCUCCAGCAUCAGUGCCGCACUAUACAAUAGCACAUACCCUCGGCACCCUCGCCGCAGUGAACACACAUGGCGUAGUACCUCAUAUUAAGGAAAUUCUCAGCAAAAUGCUGCCCCUACUCUCAUUGGUCAAAGCUGAUGGUUUGAAGCAGGCGUUUGCUUAUGCUUUCGGCCACUUCGCAGUCGCUGUAUCCGAACAAAUAGGCGACAACGUAGAAAACGAGAACAUAACAUCUAUCAAAGAUAAUUUUGUCACAGAAUUUACCAUAAUAUUUGAUGUACUGUACAACCAGUGGCUCGCGUCCUACGAAGCAAAGGUCUCGGAAUCCGUUCUCGAAGCCCUAGGCCCAAUCACGAGACUAAUCUCAGAGAGACAGUUCAACGAAACUGUCAACAAAUUCGUCCUUUCAUUGCUGUCUUUGUACCGCAAACCGGCAAUCAAUUACUACUACAUAAGCCAAUGUAUAUCGUACUUACUUUCUCCAUCGCCUUUGAACCCGAAACUGAGUUUGAACGACAGCGUCAUCAACUCUAUAAACCAUGUUCUAUUCAACCUGGUUCUCCUAGAACCGGAUUAUGAUCAACCUCAGACGGUUAAGAACCAUUUUGAGGUCCUCAGGUGCUUCGACCAUAUGGCUGGUCAGUUCCCCGACCAAACUAUAGAGAGUCUCCUGCACCAGUGCAAAAAUAACCAAGAAAAAGACAGAAUGAAAGCUGUGAUAAUUUUAACUCAUUUAACAACGUCAUCGCAAGUCUUUGUCGAGAAUUACGCGCAUAAAUUCAUAGUGUUGCUCAAAAUAAUGACUACCAUGGAACAAGGGAUCAAAAUGAAAAAGCUAUUAGUCAAAGCGAUCGUUGGGCUCGUGUAUAGGAACUGUAUAACGACUCCAGAAGAUUUCACCAUGGUUGAGUUCAUUAUUAAACACUGCAGUUAUGAAGGAGCGCCAAAUGUUUCCAAACACGAUGUUCUAGACUUACACGAUACGUGCAAAAGUUCUUUGAUUCUGAUGUGCAAUACAGUAACUAGCAUUCGGUCUCAAUUACGCAACUUGCUAUUAACAGCAUUAACCGGAGAAGAAUUUACGGCAUCAAUGGCUACCGUAUGCCACUGUCUUACUUCUCUUCUCCAAAACAACUCUGAUGUCGCAGCCGACGAACAAUCGGAGAAGGAGAUCGAAAUGAAAUGCUCCCCUGACCUAGUCUUCGUUCGGUGUCUCACACAUGUGGUAGAACCAGACCAGGUAGAGCGAAACAGAAAUAUUCUAGUCUUCCUCGAAGAAUAUUCGGGCGAUGUCCACAAGAACCUUAAAAACUCAUGGACUAUUGAAAUCCAGAGGCUUCUGAAGUAUGUGGAGACGACGGAAACCAAAGAGCAGUGGCAUAGCAUGCUGUUAGACCUUUUAGUAUCAGCUGUAGAACAAGUGAACAGCAAUAAAUGGGUGGAAUUCAUCGCCACGCUGAUCUCACAGCAGAUUCUUUCCAAAAAACAGACUCCCAUGAUCAAAGGAGUUUCUUUGCAGUACUUGGCAGUUCUUUCCUGUCAUAUGUCCAAUGCUGCGGUGGUUGAAAAGAUCCUCAAAAUUAUUCUUCUGGCCUUAAAGUCCAUUCCGAUGGAGAGUAGUGAUUAUGUCAGCAAAGCUGUAGGAAUCGCUUCGAGACAACACGGAGAGUUCAUUCUAAACGAACUGGACGCGACUUAUAAGGAGAAUGAAUCAAAAAGAGGCAGUAAAAUACUUAAUUUCCUAUCUUCAAGACAUUCCAAAACCGAGGCAGAGUUGAGCGUUGUUAGGUACGCGGUUAUCACGUGUUACGGGAAGGUGGCUGUGGACUGUUUGGACGUCCAUGUUUUAGCAAGGCUAGGGGACAAUGUGACGGCAAUCCUAUAUGAUAUACUGAAGUCUAAUCCUCCAUUCGAUCUUUGCAAAGCCAGUGUCACAACUCUAUAUGAGAUCAGCAAGGCUUUACACCCAGCAGCUCAUCACAAUGUGGCUCUAAGAAACCGUUGGCAGUUGCUCAACGCAGUGCUAGAACAAAUAUACAACACAAACCUAGAUAAAAGGAACGUGGAGUUGUACCCCAUCAUAGUUAAAGCUUCGAAAGCAUUGACGAAGCUACAGAAGGGAAUAUUACCAGAAGAAAGAAACACUAUUUUGAGGGUCUUGUUCAGUAGUAUAUUCGGAGAGCUCUCUUCUUUCAAAAAGAAGUACGAAAUUGAGGGCAAUGGUGAUAAGAAUGAUAAUCUAGCAAAGACCUUGAACGACAGUCUGACACUUCUGCACCAGUUGAUUAAAGAGCUGGUUAUCCAGUCCACAUGUUUGAGCACAAUAGAUGAUCUAAUAGGGUUGUUGAUCGAAUGGCUCCGACACGAGAACGAUGAGAUCCGAACAGCCUCCGUCAUGAUUCUACACGUGAUUUUCGACACUUAUAUUAAAAACGUGAAACUGAACUACGAGACACCAAGCAAGUUUGGCCAGAUGGGCUAUUUAUUGGGCCUCAUUAUUCCCGGAAUCGCAGACACUAACUUCCCAGUCCGGUUGACGACUAUAGACUGCAUUAAAGUGAUAAUUCAGAUCCAAGAUUUGUAUGAAGGCCAUACUAUUGGCCCUGAUGACGAAUGCAUGAUGAAUUUGGGUCAUCUUCAGAACAAUAUCUUGACGAAUGACCUGAAUAUGAUCAGUGAUUACUGUACGGCGUUGUGUGAGGCUAUUUCUCCGAAGAUACCUCAUCAUCACAACAUGCAGUUUAUUGAAAGUCUGUUGGAAGGUUAUGAUGACCAGGAGUUGAGGAGUGUGGGGAUCAGUUCUAUUUUGGAUGCGUAUUUCGUGAACAAGGGUCAGGAUUUGUACCAGAGUAUUGAGAGGAUUGUGGAGGUGAUGUUGGGGACUAUGUCUGAGGUCGGCGUGGAGGCCCGGCAGCGACUGAUGAGGCCGCUGACGUCACUGACUCGUCAUCACUCCAACGCCGUGAUAGCUGUGCUGUUGGCCCAGAGGCUGCCUUUGAAACCGAGUGUGCUAGCAUGUUGGCGUAGUCUGGCUCAAGACGAGGGUCUCUCCGCAGCCAUCACGGACAACUUCCUCCGGCUGAUGACGUCAGUGGAGCUCUAUGAGGACCCCUACCAUAUUACUGAACACCACAUCGCCGCUCUCCAGCCCUUAACUCUCAUAAGUGCCUUCGGAGAGAUGUUACAAGAACCAACAAUGAAGCCCAUCUGCAUCGCCAAGUUUGCGGACCUCUUCGCCGUCCUAUACACGACGCUAGCUUGCUACAUCGACGCGGAGUCGCCUGCCUACUCGCCGCCCACCAAUAAGACGCAAGAACGGUUCGGGUUCAUCCCCAAUAGGGAUGCUAUCAAGCUAUCGCCUGCGAAGAUCACUGUGCAGACUUUUAACGCGUUUCUGGAGCAGGCUGAUUGUCAUAAGGUCCGCGAAGCGUGUUCGUUAUGCCUGAGCAUAGAGCACGGGGACCCAUGCAGCACGGUCCUGGAGCUGGCCCCGAUCCUGGGCGGCGCGCUGUCCCGGCACUGUCCGCGGCACGUGCCGCGCGUGGUGGCGGCCGUGGCCAGCUACGCGCGCUGCCCGCUGCCGCCGCAGCGCUGCGCCGCGCUCGCCUUGCUCGGGGACCUGCUCAACUAUGGAUGCAACAACAACCCAGUCCUGAUAGAGACAGUCCUGGCGACCCUGAACACGGGCUGGAAGGACGAGAACGACCGAGUGCGAGCGACGUGUCUCCGCGGCGCGGCCAACAUCGCGCAGCUCAAACCCGAACACAGGAACCAGGCGCUACCUGCCGCGUUAGCUGCGCUCAGCCAAGGAGUCGAUGCGCAGAAGACUCAAGCACCAUCAGACAACGUGCCUCUCGCCGCAAUACAAGGUCUCAGCCGUCUUUUAACGGAGCUGGACAAAAUAGACCAGGAGUUCGAUAGAGAAUUGCUAUCGAUAUCACAAAAAAUACGACCGUUUAUGAACACGGAAUGUCCACAAUUACGGGAGCAUUCUAUCAAGUUAUUUGGGAUUAUAGCCGGUAGAGUCAAAUCGGAUGCGCUCGUCGACCAAGGCGUCAGCUCUCUGCCUUGCUUCUUAUUGCAUUUGUGCGAUAAUAACCCCAAUGUCGUGAGGGCAAGCAAAUUCACUCUCAAACAAGUAUUCAGAACGUUUAACGUGAAGAAAUCAAACGAUUUCGUCCAAACACAUCUAUUGGACGAGGGCCGACUGUACCUGGACGAGUUCCUCUCAGCAUUACUGAGACAAUUGGCUGAUGAGCUACCCAGCAGCAUUGUCAAGUGUCUGCAAACUGCUGUGAAUUACCUGCACUGUGCUCGGGACGAGAUCAAACCUCAUCCCCCUUUGUUACUUGGCCUCCUCUACGCAGAACUAUACAGAAUCCGCGAAAAGAACCCGGACGAGACCGAACUAGACCCGGACAUUACAAAGACGGCUAGAACUCGGUUGCUACAGCUGAUCAAGGAUCCGAAUCCCCUGGUCCGGCAGAACACGGCCAUGGCACUAGCCAACAUAUGCCUGGUGAGCGCUCUGGAUGGAUGACGGAGGCUCGUCAGGGUCGAAGUCGAGAGGUAUGUGAUGAGGAGGGUCCUUUUUGAAUUCCAACGUUAAUACUUUAUCAUUUUGUUUGAUUUGAGACCUUAUUAUCGGGGUUAUAGAGUUGAAAAUCUGAUUUAGGUUUUGGUUGUAGAAACUACAUGUUUUGUUUGAUUCUGAAUCUUUAUGAUAAGGUUGUAAGUCUGAUAAUGGGUUUGGUAAUUUAUUUAGAAUUCCAAUUUAAGAGUUAAAAAUCCGUUUAACUGCCAUACUCAGAGUCAUUUAAUGGUUACUUAACCCAGUCCUUAGUGAUUGUUUUUGGAACAAAAUCGUUACUAAGGAAUAGUUUAAGUAAUCAUUAAAUGUAUCUGAGUGUGGCAGUAAGUUUGGUAAUUUAAUGUACCGUCAAUCAAAUCAACUUUCAUUAAAUUUUCAACUCUUAUCUCCAAACAAUAAGGUCGAAAAUCUAUUCAAGAUAUUUCAAUCAGUACGGACAUGUUACUGCUAGAGGUCGCUAGUGUAGUUUUAAAGCCACUAAACUAUUAUUAAGAUGUUAUUUGCUUUAAACAACUUAUUUCUAAAUAAACAUGUUAUAGGUGCUUUGAACUAGUUGGGUUUAGUGACAUCUAGCGGUCAUUUACGGUCAACAAUAUUAAACCAAAAUCUUUGUAUUGAUGUAAGUUUUUGAUAUUAGUUUCUUUCAAAAACUUGGAUCCAGAGAUUUUGGAUUAAUAUCGGUUAUCAGUUAAGGAAACUCUUAAAAACGAUAGCUUUGUUAAGUGUCAAUGGAUAAAACCUUUCAAACACAAAUAUUUAUAAGAAUUUAAUAACAAUAUAUUAAAUGUUGUAACUUGUUCGUCAAUAUACUAAAAUGUUUAUGCUGUCAGUUUUUCUGUAAUCGUAUAUUUCAUAGUCCAUUUUAUAAAUACUCAGUCAACACUCAAAUAGCACUCAAAAGUUCAAUUUGUGUAUUUAAUGAGUAUCUGCAAAAUGGACUCGUAUUCUUGGAUGUCAAAUAUAAUAUAAAUUCUUCGUUAAAUAUAAUAAUUCAUUUAAUUUCCGACAUAAAUAAGAGACUGAAUCAAAAUAAAACAGUCAAAUUAAUAUUAAAAAUAAAUAAUAAAAAAAAAAUCGAAUAAAAAAAUGCGCUGUAUCUGUAUAAUUUGUGCUGUUAACAAAAAAAUAAAAUAAAAAAAGCUUAAAAAUCUUGCUCAAGCACAGCUUUGGUAUUUAAAAAUUGGCGUAGUCGCCUUUAAGCGACAGUGGCGCCACGCUUAAGGAACUAUUGGAUACAAAAAUUGUAGUAAAUUUAACAAUAGCUUAACGGUAUAUUAUUUUAAAGGGGGUAGGGGGUGCGGGUAAACUAAUAUAAAAGUUUGCUUGAACAAGAUUCCGUCGAUAAAUCAAAGUUUAAUUAGUACUUGUGAUAUUGUUUUUUUUUUAGUUUUAGUUUGUAAGGCAUAAUCGGAAUAGCAGAUGUGACUUGGGAUUAAGACAGUUGUGAUCAGCGAUUCUGUGACCUUUACAAAAUUAAAAACGUGUUAUUGAGUAUUUAAUUGCUAUUUAUCUCAAUACUCUUCUUUUUAACCGACUUUAAUAAAAGCAGAAGGGGUUUUUUUGAGGGGGCAAGGGCGAGAGGGAGGGUCAGACUCUUUCUGACUAAAAACCACCCCGUUCCUACUCCUGCUUUUCGAGCUGGAGCCCCGGUAACCCUUUAGGCAGUUCGCAGCUCCAGGUAAGGAGAUGUAUCUGCUUGAUUUAAACAUUAUACCAUCAACCAUGUUUGCCAUAGCUUUGCACUGGUGCUAUACCUAAUAUUUUCAAGAACGUAUCAUUUGUUUUUUUAUAGAAACUUUGUCUUUAUCUUAACGAACAGUUUGUUUUUAAACAAAGGUGCUUUUUAACAUAAUUUUGUCUUAAAAUCAAGUGACAUCUGUCAAUUCAAAGAAAUUGUUUCAUUGAAUUUGUGUUUUUGUAUUAUUAUUAUUGCUAAAUAAUUGAAGAAUCUUAUGAUUUCUGUACACUGCUCAAAAAUAUAUAUGUAAUUAUAAUUCCCAGUUGAUUUUACUAUAGUUAGUUAUAGCUGGGUCAUUACAAACGUGUGAACUGUUAUAAGUAAUUUUUAUCUGAUCUCUCGCUCACACUUAUGUAAGUUGAGCGGGAUGCGACAUUUGGCACGUUUUGUAAUGGUCCGACUAUUACUCUAACAAUUUUUGUUUGUGAAUCUAAUUGUUAUUUUAAUAUAACGGUAUUUUGCUUGUUCAUAAUAAUAAUUUUAUGUAUACCUACUUAUAUUAUUAAUAUAUUAGGAUAGUAACAACAGUUUAGUCAAAA